AUGGGGAGUUUGGGAAAAGAAGAUCUGGAAAAGCUUGUGCUGGAUUAUAUUGAGCCUCCGGUCACCGUUCCUCCGGUCACCGUCCCCAAUCAUAUGGAGAAGUCUUCAACUGCUCUAGUAACCCUUCAGGAGAUUCUUCGGACGCAAGGAGAAAAGGAGAAGGAAAUGGAAGAGAAGGUAAAGUCGUUUAUCAGAAGAAGAUUAUCAUACGAAGGAGACGAUGAGAAGAGAGACGUGAUGAAAAGGAUAGUAUCUAAGCUCAGAUCUGAUGGUUACAAUGCUUCUAUCUAUGGAACCUCGUGGGAUUCUUCUUUUGAUCGCCGUGAAGGAUGUAGCAGAAUGUUUAAGUGCAAGAGGAAGUACGAGUACAUUGAGGUCAUGGUGGCGACUGGUCGCGGCGGUGAUGACAGAAGCAAGAUGAAACGUCUCAUUGUUGAUCUUGACUUCAAGUCUCAGUUUGAGUUAGCCAAACAGACAAAAGGUUACAAAGACGUGACUCAGAUGCUUCCGACAGUGUUUGUGGCGACAGAGGAGAGACUCAAAAGAGUUGUUUCGUUGGUUUCUGGUGAGAUGACACAGUCCAUGAAGAAAGAAGGAAUGUCUAGACCGCCAUGGAGGACUACCAGAUACAUGCUAGCCAAGUGGCUACCUGAGAAAAGAGUCUCUGGUUCUAAGAAAGGAUCCUGGUCUAUGUUUGAUGAUGAUGGAGGUGAAGCUGUUGAGACAACGAGUGGUAUUGGUUUUAAAACUACGUGUGGUUUCCAGUUAUCUUAG